CGGCGCUCACCGGCGGCCUCUGGCCGAAGCGGUCGGGGUGGACGGCGCGCUGCAGGCUCCGGAACCGCCGCUGCAGCUGCCGCACGUCGAUGCGGAAGGAGCGGUCACUGCGAGACACAAGGCGGGUGAGCCCCGCGGCCGGCCGGGCCCGCGGCCGCCCCGUCCGCACUCACCAGUCCAUCAGACGGAAGAGGUCGGGCCGCGGGGCCGGCGGCUGCAGGGCCUGGCAGGCGGGGCAGAAGCGCGGGGUGCCAUCGGUGCCGGCGAGCGCGGUGCCGCAGCUCCAGCACGGCGGCCCCGGGGCGCGGCCCGGCGCGGCCUCGCGCAGCGCCCGCCGCGCCCACCCGAGCCGGGCCCGCAGCGCCGCCCGCAUCGCGCCCCGCUCCCGGCGGCCCCCGCGCCGCGGCCCCUUAUUGGCUCCGCCCGGGGCGCGCGCGUACCGCGGCACCGGCGCGAGCGGCGCGAACCCCGUGAGCCCCAACAUGUCCCGAGAGACUGAAAGUGAAGUACAGCAGACUCAAGGUGCCCAGUCACAGUCACAGAGUUCCUCUUCCAGUGGGUCACAGAGUACUAGUCAGUCUUCCUCAAGUUCUGGGACCCUCAGUUCUUUGGACACCGUUCCGACUCAGGAGCUUCCGUCGAUCCCUGAGGAACCUGAAGAGCUGGAUCCUCAGCCGUGGGGUCGACUCUUUGCACUUGCAAAAGGUUUCAGCAACUGUGACUGUGUGAAUGAGGAAUACUGGUUUGGGAGAGACAAAAGCUGUGAUUACAGUUUUUCUAAGCUAGGACUGUAUGAGACUGGCUUCUACGAAAACUAUAGCAAGAAGCACUUCCGAAUUUUCAGGGAAAUGGGUCCAAAAAAUUCCUAUGUUGCCUACAUUGAAGACCAUAGUGCAAAUGGAACAUUUGUGAAUAAAGAGCUUGUUGGAAAAGGGAAGAGGCUUCCACUGAUUCACAACGCUGAAAUUGCACUGUCUCUACAGACCAAUAAGGUGUUUGUAUUUUCUGAUCUUACGGUGGAUGAUCAGAUGACAUUUCCUAGAGAACUGAGAGAGAAAUAUAUCAUAUCAAAGACUUUGGGAAGUGGUGCCUGUGGGGAAGUCAAACUGGCCUUUGAGAAGAGCACUUGUAACAAAGUCGCUGUGAAGAUCAUCAAUAAGCGGAAGUUUGCGGCGAGUGGCCCGAGAGAGGCAAACCCAGCUUUUAAUAUCGAUACAGAAAUUGAAAUUUUGAAGAAAAUAGAUCACCCUUGCUUAAUCAAGAUCAAAAACUUUUUUGAAGCAGAGGAUUACUACAUUGUUUUGGAACUGAUGGAAGGAGGAGAAUUGUAUGACAGAGUGUCAAGGCCAAUCAAGAUGAAAGAAUCUACCUGCAAGUUGUAUUUUUAUCAGAUGCUGCUGGCUGUAAAGUAUCUUCAUGACAAUGGAAUUAUACACCGAGAUCUAAAGCCAGAAAAUGUCCUACUUUCGUCUUCUGAAGAAACAUGUCUUAUAAAGAUUACAGAUUUUGGACAAUCCAAGAUUCUUGGAGAAGCUACUCUUAUGAAAACAUUAUGUGGUACCCCCAUGUAUCUUGCUCCUGAGGUUCUAAAUUCACUUGGGACUGCUGGAUACAGCCGAGCUGUGGACUGCUGGAGUUUAGGAGUUAUUCUUUUUGUAUGCUUGUGUGGAUAUCCACCAUUCAGUGAGCAAAAUAGUAAACUCUCUCUGGAAGAUCAAAUCACUCGUGGAGAAUACAGGUUCAUUGCAAGAGAAUGGAAGCAUGUGUCAGACAUGGCUCUGGAUCUUGUGAAGAAGCUGUUAGUAGUGGAUCCAAGCAGACGUCUUACCACAGAGGAAGCCUUAAAGCAUCCUUGGCUUCAGGAUGAGGAUAUGAAGGGUACAUUUCGACAGCUACUUGCUCAGACACGUACCAAUAUGGAUCCACCACAAACAUCAAAAAUGCCAACCACAAUGAGAAAGCGUCACCAUGAAAAUGAGGAAGAAUCUGGCCCUUCUAAGCGAACUGCUCCUUCUACAUCGUUUCAGAAAAUGAGGUGAAAAAGAAGAGAAAGUGACUUUUGCAAAUGACAGCUUUUUGUAUGGAAAGCAGACUUUUUUUUAAUAAAAAUUUAAUAAUGGAAUGACAUGCUUCAACAUUGUUGAAGAUGCAAUUUUGAAAUAAAAAUUACUUUGUAAGACUGAA